GCCGUAGCUCCCUGUACCGCAUUUCAUUUGAAACUCGCUAGGUAGCAUGUUUUCAGUUUAGAGUGAAUAGUAACGUAAUUACCCAUCACCCUUCAGAAUGAAUGUUCAGCCAUCAAAUCCAAACAACCCAAUUGUGUUCUUUGAUGUUACCAUAGGCGGUCAGGAAGUUGGACGAAUGAAGAUUGAACUCUUUGCUGAUGUGGUUCCCAAGACAGCAGAGAAUUUUCGGCAGUUCUGUACUGGAGAAUUCAAAAAAGAUGGUGUCCCGAUUGGUUUUAAAGGAUGCACAUUCCACAGGGUGAUCAAAGACUUUAUGAUCCAAGGAGGAGAUUUUGUAAAUGGUGAUGGAACAGGUAUUUGCAGCAUCUAUAGAGGGCCCUUUGCAGAUGAAAACUUUCGGAUGAAACAUUCUACACCAGGCCUCCUCUCCAUGGCAAAUAGCGGCCCCGGAACCAACGGUUGUCAGUUUUUCAUCACUUGCACCAAAUGUGACUGGUUAGAUGGAAAGCAUGUAGUUUUCGGCAAAGUUGUUGAUGGAUUGUUAGUCAUGAGAAAGAUUGAGAAUGUUCCCACAGGGCCAAACAACAAGCCCAAGCUGCCUAUCCUUGUUGCUCAGUGUGGAGAGAUGUGACUUAACCCAACUCAAAUUACCUUUUUUUUUUUUUUUUUUUUUUACUGAUGAUACAUGGUCUUUUAUAUUUGAAUCAUUGUUCUAUGUUUCCCUUCAUAAUCGCUUGUGUCUGAUAGAAAAUAUUAAGGACAAUACUAAAACUAAUUAGUACACAAUUGCACCAUACUAAUAGUUUUCAGUGAAAUGUAGGUAGUGGUUUAUUUUCACACUGCCUAUAUAGUAUUUUCACUGUUCUGGUUGUUAAUUUAGGCAGUUAGUAAUUGCAGAUAGUAAUUGCAGAUUAUCAAGGAUUUUUUUAAAAUAUAUAUAUUUAUACCAUCCGGCAACAAUACCCUACUGAAAAGUACAUUGCUAAAUUUGAUUUGCCAACACGAAUAUUAUGAAUACAAUGUUAAUGUUUGUGUCACAUUUACAAUAAAUACUUUUACUUUUUGUAAA